AUGUCAGUUUCACAGGCGAUCUUUGCCCUUGGAUGCUCAAGGUCAUCCUUGUCAGCUUCACCACCCUCCACGUUUUACACUCUCCCCACAUACAAAAUAUACGUUCAUGAAUUUUCAUACGCUGAAUUCCGGAAGCAAAAGCUUAUUGAGAAAUAUACCGAACUCAACACAUCUAAAAAGCUCGAAUCCUUUAUCGAGAAAAAGAGAAGGAAGAAUGCUGCAAAGGACCACAGAUUUAUGCCAUAUCGACGUCCCAGCAACAAUGAGUAA